AUGGCCUCCCGAAGAAAGGCGGUACCACAAACCGAAUCUAGGACAAACGAGACGACACAACUUCAUGAACCAGCGGACCCUCAGAUUGCACGUUAUAGCCUCUCCGACGCACCCACCGCACAUAACAGCUCCAACGACUCAACCGACUACCUUGUGCAGCAAAAUCAAACGAAUGCACGACCUAUUGGUCAAACAGAUCCCUUCCAAGAGGUUGCGUCUUCUGUCCACGGCCACUCAGCGUCUAUGCAGUCGUCCGACCACUCUUCCGCCCACUCUUCUGCAGGUGGAUAUACGCCAUACCAGCCGGGCCAAUACCUCGCACCUAUAAUGACAGGAGAAACACUUCAGCUUGUAUCGGAAACUGCGCUAUCAUCUUCGACACACUCGGACCCAUUCUACGACCCUACCACGCCUUUAUCAUCAUUACCUACACCACUGGCUGCUGUCGAACCUGGAGGACAUCCCUACAAUAAUGACCAACCAUACCACGCACCCCCGCACUUAGAUCAAUCAUACCUCUCAACUUACGACCGUGAACUUUCCGCCGGGGAAGUAGAUCACUUCCGUCACGACACAGAAGCCUAUGCGUCCGGAAACUAUUCGCGAGUGUCAUACCGCCCACCACGUUCACGUUCCCCGACGCCCGCAGUUGAUGAUGAAGACUACUACGUUGUCGGUAACGAAUCAGUUCACUAUACUGGCCAACCCGAGCACCGCUACUCCUAUGAUCAUGAGAAGGCCGCCCUCGGACACGAUUAUGCCGCGGAGACGUCAUACUAUUCUGAGCGUGGAUAUCUUCCCAAUGGCCAGGCAGUUGUAUUUGAUCCUGAACCAGAGACACCUACAUCAACGUUUUAUUCAUUACCUCCCGAAACACCACUCGAGACGCGUCACUUUGGUCCUGCACCCACUGGUCGUGUUCUGCGCAGGAAUAAGACGAAACGAAAAGUGCAACUGACGAAUGGUAACCUUGUCGUUGACCUUGAUGUACCGCCCAAACUCGUUCUUCCCAGGCGUGGCGAACCGGAGACCAUGAAAACGAGAUACACUGCUGUCACUUGUGAUCCAGACGACUUUGAGAAGAAAGGCUUCUUCUUGAGGCAAAACGAGUGGGGCCGACGAACAGAACUAUUCAUUGUAAUAACCAUGUAUAAUGAAGACGAAAUCUUAUUUUGUAGGACUUUAUAUGGAGUUAUGCGGAAUAUCUCCCAUUUAUGCACGAGGAAGAAUUCUCAAACUUGGGGACCUAACGCUUGGGAGAAGGUCGUAGUUUGUAUAGUUGCGGAUGGCCGAAAGAAAGUCCAUCCUCGCGUUCUCGAUUGCUUGACUCUUCUCGGCGUCUACCAGCCAGGAGAUCACAUGAAGAACAAGGUCAACGAAAAGGAGGUUACAGCCCACUUGUUCGAAUACACAACCUCCUUUGCGCUAGAUCCACACCUGCACUUCAAGUACCCUGACAAGGGGAUUGUCCCUACGCAAAUCAUCUUUUGCAUGAAGGAAAAGAAUCAAAAGAAGAUUAACAGUCAUAGAUGGUUCUUCAAUGCGUUUGCCCCAAUGCUCCAGCCCAACGUCUGUGUUUUGCUGGAUGUCGGUACUCGACCAGGGAACAACAGUAUCUACCGGCUGUGGAAAGCAUUUGAUGUCAACUCAAGUGUGGCGGGAGCUUGUGGUGAAAUUGCGGUUUACAAGGGAAAGAAUUGGUCGUUACUCCUCAACCCCCUGGUGGCAGCACAGAACUUUGAGUACAAGAUCAGCUGUAUUUUGGACAAGCCCACGGAGUCAAUGUUCGGUUAUAUCAGUGUCUUGCCCGGAGCGUUCUCGGCGUACCGUUAUAUCGCCCUGCAAAAUGGCGAACAUGGUGUUGGUCCACUGGCAUCAUAUUUCAAAGGCGAAGUUUUGCACGGACGAGACACGGAUAUUUUCACGUCGAAUAUGUACCUCGCCGAGGAUCGUAUCCUUUGCUUCGAACUCAUCGCGAAAGCCAACUCGAGCUGGAUUUUGAAAUACGUGAAAGGCGCCAUUGGAGAAACUGACGUGCCAGACGCUCUACCGGAGUUCAUCUCACAACGUCGUCGAUGGUUGAACGGUUCGUUCUUUGCAGCAACAUAUGCUAUCGCGCAUGUUGGCCAGGUCAUGCGAUCUGGGCAUAGUUUUGCGCGCAAGGUCACUUUCGUAGCAGAAACGGUCUACAACAUCAUCAACCUCAUAUUCGCGUGGUUCAGUAUUGGAAACUUCUAUUUGUUCUUCGCCGUCCUGACCACGUCGCUAGAAGACCCGUCAUUCGGUUUGAAGGGCAUCAAGUACUUCAACUCUCUCGUCCAAUAUAUAAUGGGCUCUCUUAUCGUGGCCUGCUUCCUCUUUUCGAUGGGCAACAAACCGGCAUCUUCAAAGAUGAAGUACAAGCUGACCUCAAUCAUCAUGAGCGUUCUUAUGCUCUACAUGAUUGCUGCGUCUAUCAAAUGUGCUCUGGAAGCUGCUAAGCAAGGCGGUGCUGCCAAUUCGGUCAUGCUCUUCAGCAUCCUGGUUACCUACGGCUUAUGGGCCUUCAGCAGUCUCCUGGCACUCGAUCCUUGGCACAUGUUCACAAGCUUCAUUCCAUAUAUGCUUCUUUCGCCAAUGUAUAUCAACAUAUUGAACAUCUAUGCUUUUUCUAAUUUGGACGAUAUUUCUUGGGGCACCAAGCAGGAUUCUAUGCCAGAAUCUGAUUUGGGCACUGUUAUUCAAGACAGUCAAUCACACGUCGACGUUGAGAUGCUCACAGAAGCAGCGGAUGUGAACAGCAUCUACGAAGAAUCCCUAGCAAACCUUCGAGACCGAGUGCCAGUCGACAAUGGCAAAGGCAAAGUCCCCCGUAGUGUAUCGGAGAGAGAAGCUGCCGCCAAAAGCUACUAUGCCAAUGUGCGAACAAAUGUGCUUCUGGCCUGGGUCUUGUCAAACGGUGUGUUGCUGGUUGGCAUCCUUGGUGGUAUGAAAGAGACGGACGCCUUCGGGCAGGAUGUGGGUAUGACCCGAGUGAAGGUGUACCUGGUAUUUAUUUUAGCAUUCACGGCUAUAACGAACUCAGUGCGGUUUGUUGGUUCAACGCUAUACCUUCUAGCUAGACUUAUCACUGGAUGA